AUGCUCCUAUUGAAGAUAAAAUUGAUUUUUCAUUCCAGUUAUAUGAUCUCAAGCAGCAAGAAUUCAUUGAAAGACAUAAGUUAUUUUGGGAAUGCUAUUCAGGGAGGUGCUGCAACUGCGACGCCAAACGACUUACUGAGCAAUGGACUCGGUUGGGCUGCCCAGCAACUGAACCAAAUGAUUGCUGCUAAAACUCUUGAAGAAACCAAGAACAACUAUGAAAAUUGGCUAAAAUGCCCUCGAUUGUCGAUGAAGGGUGCAAGGACUAAUACGUUUGUCGUUGGCAGCUCGCCACAGUUCAACGUGUAUGGAAAUGACUUCGGAUGGGGAAACCCGUGGCCGUGA